AUGUUCAGAUUUAUUCUUCUAUCAACGCUGCUGGUGGCCGCGACCGCCCAGUAUAACGGUGGUUAUCACCGCGAUCCGAAGACCGCCGCCAUCCUGAGCGAGCAGCGGUACCUGUCCGGCGACGGCAAGUUCGGCGCCGCCUACACGCAGGAGGACGGUACCGACUUCAAGGAGGAGACCGACGCCGACGGUAACCGCCGCGGCUCGUACAGCUACGUUGACCCCACUGGACAGAGAAGAACCAUCUCCUACGUUGCCGGCAAGAAUGGAUUCCAAGCCUCCGGAGACCAUCUGCCGGUAGCCCCGCCGGCCCCACCACAGGCGGCCCCGCAGCCCAGCUACCAGCCGCAGCAGUCGUAUGCCGCCCCGGCCCAGCAGUACGACAGCGGCCGCAGCUACGACAUCAACAACGGCGAGUACGAUCCGCGCUGGAACGACCCGAACUUCAGCCAGCAGCAGACCCAGUACCAGGCCCCCGCGCCCGCCCCGGCCCCGGUCCACAACUACCACCACGCGCCGGCCCCGGUCGCCCCCGUGCCCCAGUACAACCAGCACAACUACGCCCCCGCCCCGGCCCCGCAGGCGCCCGCCUGGACCAGCACCCCGGCCCCGCACCGCUUCCAGCCACCGGGCAAGCUCCAGCUGAACCGAACCCCCGACGGCUACAGCUACACCUUCAACAAGGUCUAG